AUGAAUCCCGAGGAACAGACCGUAACCUGGUUGAUAUCGCUGGGGGUUCUCAGUUCCCCCAAGAAGAAUAUUGCCGAUCCGGAGGAAUUCUUGAAAGUCUCGCUAAAGGAUGGCCUCGUUCUGUGCAAACUGGUGGAGAGGCUUGUGCCAGGCUUCAACGCCAAGUAUUGCCCAGAUCCGCGAACCGAAGCCGACUGCAUAGGCAACAUUCGAGAGUUUUUGAGAGGAUGCUCGUCCUUGAAAGUGGAGGGCUUUGAGCCCGAGUGUUUGUACAGCGGGGAGAAUUUUGGCAAAGUCCUGACCACAUUGCUGGCCGUCAACUUUGCCACGCAAGACAGCGCUGCAGAAAGGUCAUGUCCACAGUCCGGCACCCAAUCACUUAGUCAGACGGCGUCCUCACACUCUGUCUCCUGUGCCAAGUCCAAAGGCUCUCUGCGACGACAAUCCAAAUCUGCGGAGAUGUCAGAGAAUGGCAACGGUGGCAGCGGGCAGCUGAUGGUGAAAGCCCGCUUUAACUUCAAGCAGAACAACGAGGAUGAGCUGUCGUUCAGCAAAGGCGACGUCAUUGUCGUGACACGGCAGGAAGAAGGCGGAUGGUGGGAGGGAAACCUCAAUGGCAAGACGGGCUGGUUCCCUAGUAACUAUGUGCGCGAAGUCAAGGCCUGCGAAAAAGCAGUGUCUCCGAAAGGUGCUCAUCUGACCAAAAGCUACUACAGUGUGGUGGUGCAGGACAUCCUUGAACACGAGCGAGAGUUUUUCAAAGAACUACAAACGCUGCUGAGCUGUUAUCUGCGACCAUUACAAGCUAGCGACAAGUUGAGCAGUGCAGACAGCGCCACCCUGUGUGGAAACUUGGAGGAGAUCCUCACCUUCCAGCAGAACCUGUGUGUUUCUUUGGAAGAAUGUACAAAAGUCCCAGAAGGCCAACAGCGACUGGCCGGAUGCUUCUUAAAUGUGAUGUGUCAGAUCAAGUCUCUGUACCUGGCUUACUGCGCCAGCCACCCGUCAGCUGUCUGCAUCCUCACUGAUCACAGCGAUGACCUUGACAAGUUCAUGGAGAGCCAAGGAGCCAGCGCUCCGGGCAUCUUAGCGCUGACCACCAGUCUCAGCAAGCCCUUCAUGAGACUGGACAAGUAUCCCACUCUAUUGCAGGAGCUGGAGAGACAUGUAGAGGAAGCCCACCCAGACUUCUCAGACAUUGUAAAGGCCACAGCAGCGUUCAGAAGCCUAGUGAUGCAGUGCCAAGACCUGCGAAAGCGCAAGAACCUGGAACUCCAGAUCCUGUCAGAGCAAGUUCGCGGCUGGGAUGGUGACAGCAUGAAGAGUCUGGGUCAUGUGCUUUACAUGUCCCAGGUCCAUAUGAGGACUGGAUCGAGCGAGGACAAAGAUGAGCGUUACUUGAUGCUGUUCUCCAGCGUGCUAGUGAUGCUUUCGACCAGUCAACGGAUGAGUGGCUUCAUUUAUCAGGGACGAAUGCCACUAACGGGCAUCACUGUAACAAGGCACAUGGAGGAUGCAGACAGUGCGCAAUAUGCCUUUGACAUCACAGGAAGCAUGAUGGAGCGUUUGACGGUGUUUUGCGCUAGUGCUCAAGAGCUACAGGAAUGGCUCGAACACUUGCAGCCGUUUAUCAAAGGAGGCAGCCCUGCAGGCACAAUUUUAAAGACAGUGGAGGGCAAGCCUCUGAGUAUAGUAGGCGCCCCAACCCACUUGUCCCACCUCGGCAGCUUCAGCGGCAUCAGCCGAGGGCCCCUGGAGCCACCAAAGAUGAGCAAGCCCUGGUCACUCAGCUGUCUGCGCCCUGCGCCCCCCCUCAGGCCUUCAGCCGCCCUGGGAUACAAAGAGAGGAUGUCUUAUAUCAUGAAGGACUCCAGCAAGAGCCCACGGCCCAUGAAAAAGUUCCUGCCUGGAAAUAGGAAGAAGGAAAGGAAGCCUUCGGAUGAUGAGGUUCAUACAAGGAGAAGCACGGUAGCUCUGGAGGAGGAUGCUCAGAUCCUGAGAGUGAUUGAGGCCUACUGCACAGGAGCCAGCCUGCACUCCACGAACACACCUGUGCGAAAAGAGUGCGUGCCUCAGGUGCUCCUUCCUGAGGAAGAGAAGAUCAUUGUGGAGGAGAUGAAGAGCAACGGGCAGACAGUCAUUGAGGAAAAGAGUCUGGUGGAUGCGGUAUAUGCUUUAAAGGAUGAGGUCCAUGAACUGAAAAAGGAAAACAAAUGGAUAAAACAAUUCCUUGAAGAGGAGCAGAAGUCUCGCAAAGAGUUGGAGAGAGUGGUGAGGAAGCUCGCCAAGCAGAAGAACGACUGCACGUGGGACGAUGGCGGCAGUGGCGCUCACUAA